AUGUCACUUAGCGUGCCGAGGUCGGCCAGAGCCCGUCCGCUCUCCGACAUUUUCAGCGGCUCAAAUGAUGAUGAGCAGAUUGCACAGAUUAUGGCCAACCAUAUGGCGACCAGCACCACGAGGCCUGCGCCAGUAAGUGGCCCACCGCAGCGGCCUGCGCCUCAGGACAGGUCGAACAGCGACGAAUCAACCACAUCCACUGCGAGCUUGCCGACAUUGCGGAAUGAACGAGUUGUGGCAACAGGGACUGGAAUCACGGUCAGCGUAGCUCUGGCUGAGCCUGUUCUCUUUCUUCCUGGCUACGAUCACAACGACCCGAGCACCAAAAAGUCGGCUAUCCUCAGAGGCCACCUUCAUAUUAAAACAACAAAGUCGGUCAAAGUCAAGAAAGUGUCUGUCUGUCUCCGUGGCCACGCGCAGACUGACUGGCCGGAUGGAAUUCCACCAAAGAAAGUGUCGUUUCAUGACAAGAAGGAUCUUUUGACCUCGGGAAUGAUUUAUUUCAAUCACGGAGAUACUUCUCUCGUCCAGAAUGACUACGGUGCUCACUAUUACAAACUUGCAGCGACGGCUGUGCAAACUACAACCAAGGAGAUGAAGGCCACUGGUGUAACCGCUACUACUCGGGAGUUAUGGAAGAACGGAUCCACAACCACGGUCAACAGAGAAAACUCGCGAGAACUGAAACGUUUGUCACUGCAGUCGAACCACUCGCGCAGUUUCAGCAAAAAUGAGCCACCCGCGACCACGCAACCACAGGCCGCACGGAAUUAUAGACUCUUCCCACCUGGCGACUACCUCUACUCCUUCGAGUUCCCCAUUGAUGGAUCGCUUCCGGAGACGAUUCGAAGCGAUCUGGGCUUUGUACGCUAUGAUCUCGAAGCUAUUGUCGAACGAUCCGGUGCAUUCCGUCCGAAUUUGCUGGGCAGCACGGAAAUUCAAGUCGUCCGGACUCCUGCUGAAGGGUCGCUUGAGCAGGUUGAACCGAUCGCCAUAUCGCGGAACUGGGAAGACCAGCUUCAUUAUGAUAUAGUUAUCUCUGGCAAAUCUUUCCCCCUAGGGUCUCAAGUUCCGAUCGCCUUCAAAUUGACACCGCUCGCUAAAGUCGAAUGUCACCGCAUCAAAGUCUAUGUGACGGAGAACAUUCAGCAUUGGACACAAGACCGAGCUGUUCAUCGGUUCCAGCCGCCAAAGAAGGUUUUGCUCUUUGAGAAACGUGCUGACUGUCAAAGUGUGAGCACAUAUCCCGGAGGCAGCAUGCGAGUAACCGCCGGCGGAGGAGUUCCGUGGGAUCAACGGGAAGCUGCGGCUCGAGGACAGGAACAGGCAAACAGAGGAAUGACUAGUUUGCUAGGAAAUUUGUCCAACGAUGUCGGGGUUGGGCCGACGGAGAUGGAAUUCAAUGUGCAACUACCCAGUUGUCAUACUAUGAAGGGAAAGGAUGAGGGACAGCGCUUGCACUUUGACACUACGUACGAAAACAUCCAGAUUAAUCAUUGGAUCAAGAUCGUAUUGCGUCUGUCCAAGAUUGACGAGAACGACCCUACCAAGCGCCGCCACUUUGAAAUCUCAAUCGACUCUCCAUUCCACAUCCUCUCCUGCAAGGCUACUCAGGGCAACAUCUAUCUCCCAGCAUACAGCGACCCAUCAUCCGACCCCGUCAUUCCUCAAGACGAAUACGCAUGUGGAUGCCCUGGCGCUCCAUUAACAAGACGCAACGUCUCAUCCAGCCAGCUCUCGAUAUCGGAUCAUGACGAGCGUACAAACAGUACCAGCAGUGGCCGCAGUCUCCCCCGCAGUUUCACAUCCGGCUCUGGCGGUCUUGCGCGGCCAGCGCAAGCUCACAUCGCCCACGAACCACCGACCGAACGACCACCGACCGCGCGCGAAGCACGUCCCAUGCAUCUUCUCCGCGCACCGUCCUUCGCACCACCAUCGUUCGAAGACCUCGAACCACCGCCGCCCUUGGUCACCCCACCCCCUGAGUACGCGACUAUCGUCGGCGACCAAGACCGGGAAACGGUCCUCACAGACUACUUCAACCGCCUCUCCUACUUCGAGGAACAAGAUGACGAACACGGCCUCGGCCGCGUCGACGUGCCGCUGACACCAGGAGGCCGGGUGCAUCGCAGCAUGGAUGUUCCGCGCGAAUGGGUCCGGCUAGGUGACGCUACAGUUCAAUAG